CAAAGCCUUGAGGGCUGAUCAGAUUGCAGAUUCAAGCAAAUCCAGGAACUUCGAGGGAAAAGUCACACGGUCUCUGAGACCCUUACAGGAGAGGUUUCCGAAGCACUUCAGCUUCCCCGGAGAAGAGGAAGAUGACCCCCCAAAGCAUGCGUCUGUUCCUACUGCUGAGCUGUAUAGCCAGCACUGAAGUCCUGGGAGAAAUUCUCAUGAGACCCAGCUGUGCUCCUGGAUGGUUUUACUACAUGUCCAACUGCUACGGAUACUUCCGGAAGCUGAGGAGCUGGUCUGAGGCUGAGUUCGAGUGUCAGUCCUACGGAAACGGAGCCCACCUGGUGUCUCUCCAGAAUGCAAAGGAAGCCUCCGUGGUAGCGAACUACAUAAUUGGCUACCAAAGAAUCCAGCCCGUGUGGAUCGGCCUGCACGACCCAGAAAAGAGACAUCAGUGGCAGUGGAUUGAUGGAGCCUUGGAUACAUACCGGAGCUGGUCUGGAGCAUUCCAGCGUGGGAAGAAGUACUGUGCAGAGAUGAGCUCCAAGACCGAUUUUUUGACCUGGGAGAGCAAUGAAUGCAGCAACCGCCAGCACUUCGUGUGCAAAUACCGGCCAUAGAAUGAGCUUCGA